GGGGGGACCGGGCCGGGUCGGGAGUCCCGCGGGGGCUGCGGAGGCUGCGGGGCCGGGUCUGGGGUCUGCGAGGCCCGGGGCAGGAUCCGAGCCGCCUGUGGGGCCGGUGUGGGGCCGUCACCGGGGAGGGGGACACGGGGAUGCGGACCCCGCCGGGGGGGGGCACCGGGGCGGCCACGGGGAUGGGGAACCCUCCGGAGGCGUCACCCGGGGACAGAGGAUCCCCCACCGGGGGGGACCCGGGGGUGGGGGACCCUCCCAGGCCCUCCGCAGGAGGUGACCCCCGCCCGGGGCUGUCCCUGUCCCCGGGGGGGUCUGGCCGCCGUCUGAGGGGGUGUCACUGCUCCCGGCCGUUGUGACCCCUCGGUGGCGGCACCGUGACCUCCGUACCGGGGGUGCCCUCCCGGGGUCACGGUGCCACCCCCGUGGCCCUGCGGGGUGUCGGCGGUGGGGUCGCGGCCGUGUCGCCCCCCGCCCCUCCCCGGUGUGGCGGGGCCGGGGUGACGCGCGCGCCCGGGGCCCGGCGCCGCUUCCUUCCCCUUUCCCGCUGCCCCCAUUCUCCGCUCCGCGCCUCCCGGGACUCCCCGCGGGCAAGCCGGGGGUGCCGCGGGCACGGGAGGGGGGCUGGCCACACUGGGGGGGCUCCGGGGACGCGGGGAUAUUGGGGACGGGGCGUGCUGCUGGGGUCCGGCGGUGCUGGGGACAGGGAGGGGGCGCAGGAAGGGAGCGGGUCCCCAAACCGGGGGUGCCGCAGGGUGGGGGUCCUUCCUCCGGGCACUGCCGAGGAGACCUGCCCGUGCUGGGGAGGGGCGGCUGGAAGGGCUGGGGGGGUCCCCGUGUCCCGCGGCGUGACCGGAAACCUCCUCCCUUCCCGUGCGCUGGGGGAGCGGCGGGGGUGGUGGCAUGGCCCGUGUCCCCGCAGAUGCUGUGACAGCCAUGUCGGACGAGAAGCCCCCGCAGCUCGUGGAUUAUUUCGUGGUGGCCGGGCUGGCGGAGGGGUCGCGGGCGCUGGAGGAGGAGCAGCAGCCGCGGCCGGCGCGGCCCGGGGAGCCCAUCACGGACGUGGCCGUGAUCAUCCGCUCGCAGGGCGAGGAGGUGCCCCAGGGCUUCACCUGCAUCGAGACCAGCACGUCGGGCCACCCCGUGGACCUCAACGCGGGGCUGCUCAACAACCCCCAGAUGUUCCUGUGCUACAAACGCGGGAGGGACAAACCCCCCCUGAUCGAGCUGGGGGUGCACUAUGAGGGCAAGGACCGCCCCAAGCCGGGCUACCAGAUCCUGGACACGACCCCCUACAGCCGCUCGGCCAACCUGGCCUCGGGGUCGCCGGGCCACCAGCGCACGUUCCUGACGUUCCGGCGCGCGGCCGAGCCCCCCGGCCACCACACGCUGGGGGUCACCGACAUCUGCCUGGUGAUGCCCAGCAAGGGCGAGAGCACCCCGCACACCUUCUGCCGCGUGGACAAGAACCUCAACACCAGCAUGUGGGGCCCAGCGUUGUUCCUGUGCUACAAGAUCGCCGUGGCCAAGGACAACACGUUGGUCUACGAGGCAGGGCUGCUGAGCCGCUACCCCGAGCAGGACAGUGAGUCCUUCCCGCUGCCCGAGUCGGUGCCCGUGUUCUGCCUGCCCAUGGGGGCCACCAUCGAGAGCUGGCCCGUGGGCACCAAGUACCCCCUGCCCGUCUUCUCCACCUUCGUCCUCACCGGCGCCUCGGGGGACAAGGUGUACGGCGCCGCCAUCCAGUUCCACGAGGCGUUCCCGCGGGAGCGGCUGUCGGAGGCGCAGGCGCUGCGCCUGGGGCUGCUCAGCGUGGUGGACCGGCGGCCGGUGCCCGGGCGCUCGCUGCACACCCGCAAGAGCAUCUGCGUGCUGUCCCACUGGCCCUUCUUCGACGUCUUCCGCAAGUUCCUCAUGUUCAUCUACCGCUACUCCAUCUCGGGCCCCCACGUGCUGCCCCUGGAGACGCACAUCUCCCACUUCAUGCACAACGUGCCCUUCCCGUCCCCGCAGCGCCCGCGGAUCCUGGUCCAGAUGUCCCCGUACGACAGCCUGCUGCUGUGCCGGCCCGUGUCCUCCCCGCUGCCCCUCAGCGGGGCCAGUUUCCUGACGCUGCUGCAGAACCUGGGCCCCGACAACGCGGUGGCACUGCUGGUGGCCGUCCUCACCGAGCAGAAGCUGCUCAUCCACUCCCUGCGCCCCGAUGUCCUGACCAGCGUGGGCGAAGCCCUGGUGGCGAUGAUCUUCCCCCUGCGCUGGCAGUGCCCCUACAUCCCGCUGUGCCCGCUGGCGCUGGCUGACGUGCUGUGUGCCCCCGUGCCCUUCAUUGUAGGCAUCCACUCCAGCUACUUCGACCUCUACGAGCCCCCCCGCGACGUCAUCUUCGUCGACCUGGACACCAACACCAUUUUCCAGAGCGAGGAGCGGAAGCUGCUGUCGCCCCGCGCGCUGCCCCGCCGGCCCUGCAAGGUGCUGCUGGCCUCGCUGCACAGCCUGUCCCAGCAGCUGGAUGAGCUGCUGAGCGCGCCGGGCGAGGAGGAGCCUCCGGAGCUGGUGCUGAGCGACGCGGAGGCCGCGGGUGCCCGGCGGGCGCAGCUGGAGCUGGAGGCGCGGGCGGCCUUCCUGCGCUUCAUGGCGUGCGCCCUGCGCGGGUACCGCUCCUUCCUGCGCCCCAUCGCGCCCGCGCCCGCCCCGGCCGGCCGCGACGCCGGCAGCCUCUUCGCGCUGCAGGGGUUCCUGCGCUCCCGGGAGCGGGCGUACCAGCGCUUCUACGGGCAGCUGCUGCGCACGCAGCUCUUCACGCAGUUCAUCGAGGACUGCUCCUUCGCCAGCGACCGCGAGCCCUGCCUCGAGUUCUUCGACACCUGCGUCGACAAGGUGCAGGUGGACCUGGAGAAGCCCGAGGACACGCCCCUGAUGGAGCUGGACGACCCCCGGGGCGGGGAGCACACGGUGUUCAUCACCCCCCCGGAGCAGCCGGCGGGGCCAGACGGGGCCGAGCCCCCCGCGCGCUACAGGUAUGACGGGUUCCCCACGCUGCGCCCGGAGCUGCUGGAGCCCCCCCGGGACCCUCUGGUGGCUCAGCUGUGCCAGGCCCGGAGCAGCGCCCCGAGCAGCCCCGCCCCGCGCCGCACCAAGCAGGAGAUGAAGGUGGCCCAGCGGGUGGCCCAGAAGUCGUCGGCAGUGCCGGAGCUGUGGGCACGGUGCCUGCUGGGGCACUGCUACGGGCUCUGGUUCCUGUACCUGCCCACCCACGUGCGCGCCGCCCCCGCCAAGCUGCGCGCGCUCCAGCUCGCCUACGACGUCCUGCGCAAGAUGGAGCAGCACAAGGUGGUGCUGCCCGACGAGGUGUGCUACCGCAUCCUGAUGCAGCUCUGCGGGCAGUACGGCGAGCCCGUGCUCUCCGUGCGCGUCCUGCUCGAGAUGAAACGCGCCGGCAUCGUCCCCAACACCGUCACCUACGGCUACUACAACAAGGCGGUGCUGGAGAGCAAGUGGCCGGCGGGGACGCAGGGGGGGCGGCUGCGCUGGGCCAAGCUGCGCAACGUGGUGCUGGGGGCGGCGCAGUUCCGGCAGCCCCUGCGGCAGCGGCAGCGGCGCCGAGCCGCCGGAGACCCCCCGGGUGAGCCGGCGCCCCCCGCCCCGCGCCCCCCCCUGCAGCGCCAGACCACCUGGGCGGGUCGGAGCCUGCGGGACCCGGCCCCGGCCCCGCGGCUGGUCAAGAGCGGCAGCCUCAGUUUCCCCGGCAGCGCCCGGGGCGAGGGGGCGGCCCGGGAGGGGCCGGGGGAGCCCCCCGUGCUCCCCGCGACCCCCACCCCGCCGCCCGGGGCCCCCCCGGCUGCCGACGGGAGCCUCUCGGACAUCGCCACCGACGACAGCGGCGGGGACGAGGGACCCGGCGGGGGUCCCGGGGGUGGUCCCGGAGGGGGUCCCGGGGGGGCGACCCCGCGCCGGGGGUUGGCGGCCAAGCUGCAGCAGCUGCUGUCGCCCGGCAAGCGAGCCCCCCCGCGCCCCUCGGAGCCCCCCCGGGAGCCCGGGCAGCGCCGGGGGUCGGAGCAGCGGGACGGGGACCCCUCCUCACGCCGCAGCCCCGCCGAGACCCUGCUGCGACCCCGGGAGCGCCCCGAGUCCACGGCGUCCGAGGUAGCGCUGGGUGUCACCUGUGCCUGUCCCCACGGCCGGCCACCCCCCCCGAGCCCCGUGUGCCUGCCCCCGCCGAGACCCUGCUGCGACCCCGGGAGCGCCCCGAGUCCACGGCGUCCGAGACCCCCCCUUGUGCCCCGCAGCCCCCCCGGGGCCGGCCCGGUGCCCCCCUCCCCGCGGGGGCCGGUGCUCAGCGACCGCCGGCGCUGCCUGGAGCUGGACGAGACCCCCGAGCUCUGCAACGGCUGCAGCGAGACCCCGCCCCCGGGGCGCUGCGAGCGCGUGGCCUUCGCGUACCUGAGCCCGCUGGUGCUGCGCAAGGAGCUCGAGAGCCUGGUGGAGAACGAGGGCGCCGAGCUGCUGGCCCGGCCCGAGCUCGUGGACAGCCACCCCAUCAUCUACUGGAACCUGGUCUGGUACUUCCAGCGCCUCGGGCUGCCCAGCAACCUGCCCCUGCUGCUGCUGGGCUCCCAGCACGCCCCCCGGGACCCCCAGCCCUGGGGCCCCCCGGCCCCCCCGUUCUCGCUGACCUUCCUGGAGGCGCUGCUGAGCCACGUGGGGCUCAACGAGGUGCACAAAGCCAUCGGGCUCUUCCUGGAGACCCUGGCGGCCCCCGGAGCCCCCCGCACCCUGCACAGGAGCAUCUACCGAGAGCUGCUGUUCCUGACGCUGGCAGCGCUGGGCCGGGAGCACACGGACAUCGACCCCUGGGGUUUGGGGACACUGGGGUCACUGUGGGCUCACACCUUGGGGUCCCCAGGUAACAUCCCCCCGCGGCUGCAGCCCUGGGGCCCCCCGGCCCCCCCGUUCUCGCUGACCUUCCUGGAGGCGCUGCUGAGCCACGUGGGGCUCAACGAGGUGCACAAAGCCAUCGGGCUCUUCCUGGAGACCCUGGCGGCCCCCGGAGCCCCCCGCACCCUGCACAGGAGCAUCUACCGAGAGCUGCUGUUCCUGACGCUGGCAGCGCUGGGCCGGGAGCACACGGACAUCGGUGGGGACACGGGGACACCGGGGGGACCCAGGACCCCCCUCAAAUACUCCAGAAGGCAGAAGGGACCCCCAGGACCCCCCUCAAAUACUCCAGGGGUGCGGAACCCCCCGGGAGCGGCCGUGAGGGGAGGUGAGGCCGGGGCCGCCAUCUUGGAUCCUGGCACGGCCCGGGGCUGCCCUCAGGCCGCCAUCUUGGAUCCUGGCACGGGCCAUGAGGCCUCGCGGGCGCCGAACCCCGCGCGCUGCCGCCUCGUCGGGCAUAUGGGGGGUUCUGCCCGGCGUACCGGAGACGGGAGCUCCCCCCAGAGCCACGCGCGGCCUCGUACCGGCGCCACGUGA